AAGUGUUAGCUAGCAAGGAGGGCACUAUUCCACUUACCUCUUUUUAGAAUUUUUUUUGGGUUGUUUUUGUGAAAGGCUUCCUUCCCACCUCAGUCAUUGGUUUGCUCACUGCCUUAUGUGAUGCUUCCAAAGCAGUGGCUUCUGAGUGAAAACGGGAACAAUGACUUCCAAGUGCACCAGGGCAGCCUAGCAGGGAGCACAAAGACCAAAGCCCAGGUCUUUUCUGGAGAUUCUGAAACCAAACCAUUGAUCUUCACAUUUGUCCCAACCAUACGAAGACUGCCAACUCAGUCUCAAGUUUCUGAUGCCUCUAAAUACCUUGUUAAAAUUGGUGAAGAACCAAGAGACAAGGACCCAGGAACAUCUAAUUCCAAUAAAUUCUCAGACCACCUGACUUUUAAAAGUGGAAUCCGACAAGAGAGUGAUAUUCAGACAUACGCCUGUUCUACAGAAACCAGCCAAAAGAUUUUCCAAGAGAAAGGGCUUAAAUUGAAUCAACCAGAAACAAUGCAGCAGAGUGACCUUUUCAAAGCAGAAUAUGUCUUUAUUGUGGACUCUGAAGGGGAAGAAGAAGCCAUAGGCAGAAAAGAAGAGAAACAGCUUCCUGUGGGGAAUGGUCAUGGGUUGGCAAGACCUAAGACCCUACCUAUAGCCCCAGGGCCUGUCAUUGCAUUGCAAAAAUCACAUCAUGGUGAUUUCCAAGUUCCAGGAAGAUCUGAACUUCCUCAAGAUGCAGCCAAUCCACAAAAGCAAAUACAGUUAACUUCUCUUUCUACUACCUCUGAUCAACUCUCCUGUAAAUCACCUGCUCUCUUUGUUUCACCAACUAAUCUGAAAGCACAAUCUGACAUGGUUAGCCUGCACCAAGCCUCUCUCCUCGAAGAAUUCCAUACUAAGAGGGUGGAUCCACGUGGGUCAACCAUGCAAGAGACUUCAACAUAUUUUGAAGGGACCAUUUACUCUUCUCCUUGUUUUGCAUCAGAGCAAACCAGUUCAGAGAUAAAAAGUACUCAGAUCUUAGAUUCUAAACAGCUAAAAUAUAUCUCCAACCCAACCUUAGCUCACCAAAAGUCUGAAUUAAAGUCAGAAACUUUAAGUAACAGUCCAACUCCCCCAUUGCAUCCUCAUAGUUCAAGUGCAAGUCAGAGCUUCACUACUCAGGUACUAUCCUCAACUACUCCCAAGUCAGAUUCAUCAUCAUAUAUACCUGUUCGUAUCAUCACACAUUCAUUAUCCCCAAGUCCUAAACCAUUGAAUUCUACUUUUUAUGGGUCCUCUUCAACUUUAUGUAGCCAAGCUUCAUCUAGUGGGAAUCUUGCAAAAUCAGGAGUUAAGUCCCCAGUACCAACUCGGCUUUCCCUUUUGACUGCUAUUUUGAAGUCAAACCCUCCUCAUGGGAGACCCUUUUCUCCUGCAUCCUGUCCCACCUUCUCUUCCAACUCCCUAACUUCAUCCACUCUCACACUAGAUCAAAAGGUGAAGAGAACUCCACCUACUCCUAAGAAAUCUUACUCUAGUUUCUCCCUUAGGGAAGAAUCUCCAGAUCUAGGUGAACACCAGCCUUCUGAACUUCCCCAUCAAUCAGUUCACUCUCAUUUUUUCACCAAGAUUAGUCCUGCCUCUCAAGAAGCACCCCUUUCCCAUAGAAAACCCUUAAGUGUCAGUUCACCAUCUCCUAAAUUAGAGAGAGCUCCUUCACCUCCUAUUUCUCCUAAGAUUAUGGUCCCACCACAAUUACAAAGCAAAAUAGUGAACUCAUCAACCCUACCUCCUAUUCCACCAUGUAUUUCUGCUGCUUCCUUUAGUAAAGGCAAUCAUGAAGCUGACUUCAAAAGUCCAGCUCCUGAAAAGCCCAAGCGAUUUCAUACAUACUCAUCUACUUCAUCUUCUUCUACCUUAUGUUCUGUUUCUGAUCCUGUCAGUCAAAGAAACACUCUUUCUUUUCCAAAUGAAUAUUCUUUUCCAAUUACUCCCUUAAAUCCUGCAUGUCAUUUGAAAGCAGCUUCAUCACAGUUAUUAGCGAAGGAGAAGAAUUUCAUAUCUGCUACUUCUCCAAGCGUUUCUAUUCCAAGCUCUCUUUCUCAUCCUAAUUUGAGGCCCUCCCUUCCUCCUGAUGAUACUAUUAAUUCCCAAAGAGUCCAGCAGAUUUCAUCUCUGCACCCAAAAUAUCAGGUGAAUACCUUACCCAUAAGACCUACAGUGUCGACUGAAGCAACAGUAACACAUAGUAGAUCCCCUGUUUCAAGCCCAGUACCUCCCAUAUCCCUAACAAGAAUCAAGGAGUCAACUUCACCACAACCUUUGCCCUUGUCUUCAGACCCUGAAAGUAAGAAAACCAAGUACAAGAUCAAGUCCAACUACAAGGCCUUUGCAGCAAUCCCUACAAACACAAUACUUUUGGAACAGAAGGCACUAGAUGAACCUGCCAAGUCCGAAAGGAUCACCAAGGACAGCACAUUAGACUCGCAUCUGGAGUUGUGUUCCCCCGCACAGCUCAGGCAGCAAACUGAAGAGCUCUGUGCUGCCAUUGAUAAGGUCUUACAGGAAUCCUUGUCCAUGCAUACUUCAGAUUCUCCUUCAAGUUCCAUGCAGACAACAUUGGGUUCUGAUGGAAACAAAAUGCCUGCAACUCUUCCAAGAGCAGCUGGUCGAGAAACAAAAUAUGCAAAUCUCACUUCCCCAUCAUCUACAGUGGCUAUGAGUCAACUGACAAAACCUGGAGUAAUUCGACCAGUUUCAAUAAAAUCCAAAAUAUUAUUGAGGAAAGAAGAGGAGGAUACAUAUGAGCCAAACCCUUUCAGUAAAUACUUGGAAGAAAACAGUGGCCUCUUUGCUGGGCAGGAUACUACUUCUCUUCAUGAUACUGCUCCUCUACAUCCUGUCUGUAAGACUAAACCAUUUCUUCCUGCUAAAUCACUGUUGCAUCCACAGAGCCUCUCAUAUACUGACUGUCUUAUCCCUGGACCUUUCAGUCAUUUAUCCUCUAUCUCUCUUGGUGACAGACAUAUGAAUUCCCCUACUUCAUUUAAUCACAACGGAUUGUAUAAUAAGCCAAGUCAUCCAAUAGUAACUAUUCCUGAAAACGAGGCCCUUGGUUUUAAAGAGCAAUGAUCCAAGAGCAGAAGCUAAAACCAUGAAUAUGGAAACCUUUGGAAAACUGGUGUUCAACAGAUUUGCAUUUUGUUUUUCAGACAGAAUUCUCCCUAUAUUAACUGCAAUGCAGCAAUAGUACUCAAAAUGUUUCCCAUAGACAUAGAGCAUUGAAAGUAGCCUCCUAAUACUCAACAAAAAAGAAAUAUACUUCCAGAGAUGUUCCUAGAGUUUUAAUUCCUUACAAUUAAUCUAACAGUGAUAGUUACAUGUCCUUAUAUUUAGACAAACAAAGCAUGUGUAAAUAAAGUAAUAGCUCUGGUCUCUAUUUUAAAGAGUUUUAUUAAAUUCAUGAAUCACAUUGUUAACUUUUAAUUUUAUUUUUCAUAAUGAGAAAUGAUUUACAAAGAAAAAGAGAGACCUGUCCACUAUAUGAUAUCAGUAACAGUUUUGAUUCUAUUUUGGUUCUCUUCCAAAUCACCAGUUUAAUAUAUUAUUUUUUCCAUGAUAGACAUCAUGGUACAGUAAAUUUACAGUGAUUCCUAGAUAGUGAAUAUAUCAUGUUUCUCAAAAGCAUCAAAGGUUGAACUGCAAAUUAUACCUGUAUAUGACAGAGCCCUGGAACCUUUGAAACUAGUAGAGCUACACCUAGGGGAAACUUUAUAAAGACUCUAUAAAGGGAAAAAUAGGACUCCCAAUGCUAAGUUUUAGGAAAUGCUCUGUUAUGUAUGUUCUCCAUAUGAAUGUAUCACUAGUUUUGUAUUUUAAGUUUGAACAUAUUUAAUACAUCUCUGAAUGUAACUCAUUAUCUUUCCCCCCAAUUCUCCCUUCUGCCUUACUUGCCUACUACUAUUGAGGGAAUAUCCUUGACCCUUCUUUAUUUCUGAACUGCCCUCCACCCUCAUACAUCUAAGCUGUUGCUAGGUUUAUUGAUUUCAAAGCAAUAUCUUUCAAAUAUAUUUCUCUUUCUCGUCUAAUAUUGCCAUCAUCCUGUUUUGUACUCAUCUCUUCAAGUCUAGAUUACUGCAAUGGAAUCUCCAUAAUAUUUUUGUGUAUGCAAAGGAGUGUGUGUGUGUGGGGUGCAGGGGGAAAUAUUUUGUACCAUCUCCUCUUGCUAUAAUGUUAUUCUAGGUAAAUACCUUGUCUAAAAGCUCAUUGAAGUCUAUUUGAAAAUAUUAAUUGUAAGCACACCAGUGGGGGGUUGUAAAUAAAAUGUUAAAAAUCCUAGUCCCACUGGGUUACCCCUAAAAGCCUGAAGAGUGUGAUUCUUAUUCUUUCUUAAUAUAUUUUCCUUAAAAAUUUGAGUGGGAAUAAAGAAAGUAGUCCCAGAACAUUUGGGUAUGAGGUGAAACAUAGAAGUUGUUUUGAUUUGUACUUCUCUUAUUUGUAAGUACCAUGGAUUCAUAAAGAACAACUUUUAGCUUAUAUUUCAAUAAUUUCUGAGUGGUCAUGUAAAGAUGUUUUAAUUUGAAGUUCAUGGACCUGUGAAAAUUUAUGAAUUUGGAAAAGCAAAAAAAAAAGUCAUUAUUUUCACUAACUCUCUAAUUGAAAUUUAACAUUAUCUUCAAUUAAGAAUUUAAGCAACUAACAUUAUUCUAAAAAAGGGUAUUAUAGAUUCCAUCAAAUAACCAAAGUGAUGUAUUAUAUACACCAAAAGUUCAGAACACCUGGUCCAGUGGACUAAGAAGAUGAAGUGUCUGAAGAAAGAGUUUUGGAUGUAUUUUAGAAGGCAGAUAGAAAGAAAAUCAGGUAGGGUGUGUGUGUGUGUGUGUGUGUGUGUGUGUGUGUGUGUGUGUGUAAAGCUUCACCACAAAGAAAUGAAACAGAUUCCCAAUCCAUGUGUGACUAUCACUAUCCUGCAAAUGUGGAUUUAGGGAGCCUAGGCUUGAGAUCCCACGAGGUGAAUUUUAUGGAAGGAAUAGUUCUUUUUUCUUUUUUUAUUAUAGCUUUUUAUUUAAAAGAUAUAUGC